AUUGUUAUAGCAACAUCACCAACAACAGUGCUUGGUUGUGGAUUAAAUGUAAUUUAUAAUAUUAGAAGUUUAUUUUGAAGAAAAUUCUUGUCAUAAAAUACGAUGGCUGGAGAGGAGAAGAAAGAUAAAGCUCUAAUAGAUGAUUCGGCUUUUGAGAAGCUUGAACUGGACUUCCAGGAGGUUUUGAAAGAGUUAAUGGGAGAUCGAUCCCUUGAAAGAUUCAGAUCUGAAUAUGAGAAACUGCAUCGGGCUCUUAAGAAAAGUCAUGAGAGUGAGAAAAGAUUAAUGCAAAAAUGUCGCGAGCUGAACGCUGAGAUAGUGGCGAACUCUGCUAAAGUAGCCACAGCUCUAAAACUAUCACAAGAAGAUCAAUCAACUAUAGCCGCAUUGAAAAAAGAAAUAGAAAAGGCUUGGAAAUUGGUUGAUGGUGCUCAAGAAAAGGAGACUAGAGCAAAAGAAACUAUCCAAUCCUUAAAAUUAGAAAUUGCUAAUUUGGGUAAAUUAGUCGAACAAGGAGCUGGUUUGACUAUGGGACAAGAACAUAGUGUUAAUGAAUUACUUAAAGUUAAAGAACAACUAACUAAAGAGAGAGAUGAAGCCUUAAAUGAAGUAGUUAAAUAUAGGGAAGAUUUGAGUAAAACUCAAGAGAAUCUAGCUGAAGUUCAAAGGCAAGAAGAAGAAGCCGUUAACAAAAUCCAAGAACUUCAAAGUGAUAUGCAAGUAAAAUCCAAUGAAAUUAUAAGGGAACAACGAAAGAAAGAUCGCUUGGAAAGAGACAUAAAACAAGCAAAGGCAGACUUGGACAAAAGAAACGCGGAUGUUAAAGAGAAAGAUGCUCACAUCUCCAAACUGAAAGAAGAUAUUCAAAAGUCUGAAAUGCAGAAUAAAGACCAUAAAAUUGCCCUUGAAAGAGCAAACAAAGAUUUUGAGAAAACAAAUGAACGAUUGACAUCUCUUCAGAAAGAGUUUGAUUCUCAAUUAUUCACUGGGGAGCAACUUCAAGCUGAAAAUCAAGAAAAAGUUAAAGAGCUCAAGCUUAAGGAGGAGGAGGUUAAAGAUUUGAAAAAAGAUAUUAAUAAGCUAAAGAUAGAGAAAGAUAAGAUGGAGCGAAAGAUGCACAUUUUGGACGAGCAAAAGAAGGAAACUGAUAAUCAACGAGAUAGAAACAAAUCCGAACUAAUCAAUUUAGAAAAGGAAAUGGAAGGAACAAAAAAAGAAAUGGAAGCGAGCAAAAAAGAAAUAGAAGGCCUCAUUAGAGAACGAGAUCUUCUGAAUAAAAAUAUGCUGAAAGCAGGUUACGAAACUGAAAAACAAGUUAGCUUAGUAAAGAUGCAUGAACAGAGUAAGAAGUCUCUUGAGCAAGAAAUUCAAAAUUAUAAGGAAGAGGCUCAAAAGCAAAGAAAAAUUAUUUACCAAUUGGAGAAAGAAAGAGAUAGAUACAUCAACGAAGCUUCUGAUCUCACCCAAAAAGUAUUACAACAUAUGGAAGAUGUUAAAGUUAGGGAGAUGCAAAUAUUUGAUUAUAAGAAGAAAAUUGCUGAAGCUGAGACAAAACUAAAGCAACAACAAAAUUUGUAUGAAGCGGUUCGUUCCGAUAGGAAUUUGUAUUCAAAGAACUUAAUCGAAUCACAGGAUGAAAUUACUGAAAUGAAGAGGAAAUUGAAAAUCAUGAAUCAUCAAAUAGAUCAACUUAAAGAAGAAAUAUCUGCCAAGGAAGCCGCACUUGUUGCCGAGCAUGCCGCUCAUCAAAGUGUUGAAAAAGAUAAAGAAAAGUUGAAAGCAGAACUUAUCAAGAAGAAAAAUUAUGCUGCAGAAUUAAAGGCGUUUUCUGAAGCUCAAGAAGCCGAACAGAGGAAGUUAUUAAAAAUUAUUGCUGAAGCUGAUGCUGAAAGAGUUCGUCAAAAGAAGGAGCUUGAUCAAGUAAUAUCAGAAAGGGAUAUCCUUGGCACUCAAUUAGUCAGAAGAAAUGACGAACUUGCCUUACUUUACGAAAAGAUCAAGAUUCAACAAUCAACUCUUAAUAAGGGGGAGGCACAAUAUAAUCACCGUCUGGAGGAUAUAAGGGUGCUUAAACUGGAGAUAAGAAAGUUAAGGCGAGGAAAACAAAUUCUAGAGAAAUCUGUUGCCAAUGUUGACGAUUUGAGGAAAGAAAUUUAUCACUUACAACGUGAUCUUCUCAGGGAGAGAACUAGGUGUAAAGCCCUUGAGGAAGAAUUAGAGAAUCCAAUGAAUAUUCAUAGAUGGAGGAAACUAGAAGGAAGUGAUCCAUCUACCUACGAAAUGAUCCAAAAGAUACAAACCCUUCAAAAGAGAUUGAUAUCAAAAACAGAAGAAGUUGUAGAAAAAGAAUUGCUUAUUCAAGAAAAGGAAAAAUUGUAUGUAGAACUCAAGCAUAUUCUUGCUAGGCAACCUGGUCCAGAAGUAGCCGAACAGCUGCAUGUGUAUCAACAAACUCUUAAGGAGAAGACAAAACAGAUGAAAGCCAUGUCAUCUGAAUUAAAUAUGUAUGAAUCGCAAGUUAAUGAGUAUAAAUAUGAAGUUGACAGACUGGCACGUCAAUUACACGAUGUUAAGAAGAAAUAUUUCGCCUCUAAGAAGAAAGAACGUGAUAAUAAGGAAGUUGCCCAGAUUUUACCCCAAAGAACCGAACCUCAGGCAAGGUUUACUGGAGGUGGUUUUAGUCUGAAGCAAGCGACAGCGAACGCCUAA